AUGCAACAUCGUUGCCGUGCAGCCGUACCUGCAUACACCCCAUGUAUGCGGCAUCGGCUCCCCGAACCACCCAGAUUCUUUCAUCUCUUACAUUGCCACCAAAUGGUCUCCAAGUACCCAGCAAAAGAGCACGCCAGAAGAGCAUUUGCACAUUUCCUCGAAAAGUUACCCGAGGAGUCGCAAAGUGCAUUUUUCAUCAGCGGCGAGAACUAUGAACUUUGGCCCUACUGCGACCAGUCGAAACCAAUUCGCCAAAAUCGCUACUUUUAUUAUAUCACCGGUUGUAAUAUCCCUGGAUCCCACGUAUUUUACGAUGGUGGAAACGACAAAUUGACUUUAUAUCUCCCAGACGUGGACGAGGAAGAUAUUAUGUGGAGUGGAUUGCCAGUGAGUCGCGACGAAGCAGCUGCAAAGUAUGAUGUUGAUGAGGUCAAGUUUGCCCACGAGGUUCUGGCUGACUUGAAAGCAUUUUCAUACAAGAUCUACACCACGGACGUGAACCAAUGGAACAAGAAUUUUGAGUCGCAUCUUAUUGAGAAAGAUUACGCCUUCUUCCAUGGGUUGGAUGAAGCCAGAUUGAUCAAAGAUGACUACGAAAUAGCGCUCAUGAGACACGCUGCCAAGAUCACCGACAAGUGCCAUCACGGGGUGAUGCUGGCAACUGCAAUUGAGACCAAUGAGACUCAUAUCCAUGCCGAGUUCAUGUACCAUGCUCUCAGAGAAGGCUCAAAAUACCAGUCGUAUGACCCCAUUUGCUGCAGUGGACCCAAUUGUUCCACCUUGCACUACGUGAAGAACGACGAUGAAAUCCCUGAAACAAAACACUCGAUCUUGAUCGAUGCUGGUGCAGAAUGGGAAUGCUAUGCCAGUGACGUUACUCGUUGUUUCCCCAUCAAUGGAGAUUGGACCGUAGAACACUUGAACAUUUAUCGUGCUGUUCUUCGUAUGCAGCAAGUGACCAUGAGUAUGAUCAGACCGGGUGCAUUGUGGGACGAUAUUCACUUGAGGGCCCAUGAAAUCUUGAUUGAAGAGUUCUUGAAACUCGGCAUUUUCAAGUCGAAAUACUCCAAGCAGGAGAUCUACGAAAGCCGGAUCUCGGCUCGUUUCUUUCCUCAUGGCUUGGGUCAUCUUCUUGGAAUGGAUACCCACGAUGUAGGUGGCCGUCCCAACUACGAAGACCCCGACCCAUACCUCCAAUACUUGCGGUUGAGAAGAAAGCUCCAAAAGGGAAUGGUUCUUACAGAUGAACCAGGAAUUUACUUUUCACCAUUUUUGUUAGAAGAUGUGCUUAAAGAUGAGAAAAAAGCCAAGUAUAUCGACCACAACGUCUUGGAUAAGUACUGGUAUGUUGGCGGAGUGCGGAUAGAAGAUGAUCUCGUGAUUACAGCAAAUGGAUUUGAAAACUUGACGGGAAUCACCUCUGACCCAGCAGAGAUUUCUGAAAUUGUAAAAAAGGGAUUAAACAAGAACAAAAAGUGUUGCAAAUUGGGUGCAAAAACUGUAACUGCGGCGGUAGCGGUGUUUGUCGCGGGGUACUUAUUUCGGGCAUGGAGAAGGUGA